GGCCCCUCGGGGGCGGGGCCGGCCUCCUGCGCAGGCGCGGCCGCGGGGUCGCGCGUCAGUGACGUCACAGGCGGCGCGUCAGCGUCCCGCGCGCCGAGCCCGGCUGCCGGCUGGAGCCUGCGGGUGCGGCGUCCGAGGGGCGCAGCGACGGGGACGGGGACGGGGAGGCCCGCGGAGCCCCCGGCGGUCGGAGGGGCGCGGAGGCCGAGACGCGGGGCCGCCCCAGCCCGGCCCGGGAGGACCCGAGGAUGAAGGGUGCCACGUACCGUGCGUUUUCCCAGAAAGAGGCGAAGGAGCUGGAGGUUCAGCUUCCGGGAGCGCAGCAGGCCGAGGCCUUCGUGAGAGCCUUCCUGAAGCGCAGCAUGCCCCGCAUGAGCCAGCAGGCUUGCGAGGACCAGCUGCAACGCAAGGCCGUGGUCCUGGAGUACUUCACCCGCCGCAAACGGAAAGAGAAGAGAAAAAGAUCCAAAGGCCUGUCCGCCAGGCAGAGGAGGGAGCUGCACCUCUUUGACAUCACAGCGGAGCAGCAGAGGUACAAUCUUUUUCUCCCUCUGCACGAGCUCUGGAAGCAGUACAUCCGGGACUUGUGCGGCGGUCUCAAGCCGGACACGCAGCCACAGAUGAUUCAGGCCAAGCUGUUAAAGGCAGACCUUCACGGGGCUCUCAUUUCAGUCACAAAAUCCAAAUGCCCCUCCUAUGUGGGUGUCACGGGAAUCCUCCUACAGGAAACGAAGCACGUUUUCAAAAUCAUCACCAAAGAAGACCGCCUGAAAGUUAUCCCCAAGCUAAACUGCGUGUUCACGGUAGAGAUCGAUGGCUUCGUUUCCUACAUUUAUGGAAGCAAAUUCCAGCUUCGAUCAAGUGAACGAUCGGCAAAGAAAUUCAAAGCAAAGGGAACAGUGGACCUGUGAGGUCUUUGCUGCGGAGGCCACUGUGUGUGCCCCGAGGACUGGGACCGCCUGCGUGUCCUCCUUGCACAAGUGGCUGUGGUUCUCGACCACCGCGACGCGUCACCACCAGAGUUAGGAACCAUUCAUCAGGGGGUCCCUGGGUGGUCAGCGGUUUGGCACCUGCUUUUGGCCCAGGAUGUGAUCCUGGAGACCCGGGAUCGAGUCCCGCAUCAGGCUCCAGGCAUGGAGCCUGCUUCUCCCUCUGCCUCUCUCUGUGUCUAUCGUGAAUAAAUAAAUAAAAUCUUUAAAA